UGUACGAAAGACGUAGCGUAAAUUCUCUUUUAUAAAUGAGUAUGAUCUCAAAGAAACCGGGACUUGUUUGUGUUUGAUUGUUUACACUUAAAUUUUGACUCACCUUUUCAAAAUGAAAGCAAUACAUGCAAUGAAAAGGUUUUGUGGUACAUCAAUGUUUUAUUUCAACACUUGUGGUCAUCAAAGACUAUCAAAACUUCAAGUACGGCAUAGUGUCACAGUGGGAACGUUAAAGUUAAAAAAAAUAGUUCCAGAUUUAGUUAAUAUCCGUAACUUGGGUUUAGGACCAACUUCUAAGGAUUUCGAAGAACCUACACAAAUAUCCGGUCCUCUAACAAAAGUUCACGCCACAGAACUUGUCCUACAUUUAAACGACGAAGAGAGGAAGGUACUGUUUAACGCAUUACAAGAAUAUGAAUCGAAUCGCAUCAAAGAAGAAUUUGAAGAUAAAUUAGCUGGUCAAAGAUGGAGGAGUAAGCUCGGUAGACCUAGUAAAGUGCCGACUCUAGGUGACGUGGACCCCACCGGAACUUAUUGCCCCGUCCCCGAAGAUUGGCUGAAAAAGAAAUAUGCGGCCACAGUACCAAAACCCACAACUAAGGAACUAUUGCACUUGUCCUUGGCAAACUCUAUCCCUUUUAUUGGCUUUGGAUUUUUGGAUAAUUUCAUCAUGAUUAUUGCUGGCGACAGCAUAGAGAGCAGCAUGAGCGCCUACAUAACGCUGUCGACGAUGGCGGCGGCGGCGCUGGGCAACACGUUCAGCGACGUGAUCGGCAUCGGUUCCUCCUACUACGUGGAGCGAGGUGCCGCGCUGCUCGGCCUCAGCGCGCCCGCGCUCUCGCCUGUGCAGCUCGACAUGCCGGUCAGCCGGCGCUUCGCCAACAUGGGCCGAGUUCUGGGCAUCACACUGGGCUGCUUCCUCGGCAUGACACCUCUGCUCUUCAAGGAUGACGAGAAGAAGACGGACACUAAAGAUAAGUAAAGAAUAGUAUUGGUGCCUUCUCACUGCUCUCUGCUACUCGGUGGAGAGUGAACCACAACUUUAGUCUUAGAUAGCCUUAUAUUAUAAAAAAACUACAACAGCAUUUGUUAUUGACACAAUUACAAAGUUAUUGAGUUUGUUUAUUCAA